GGGAGGUUAUGGCAGAAAAGGGAAAUAGAGAGAAACUCUUUAUUGAGAAAGUUUUGAAGAGAAUCCACCCAGCACCAGAAAGUGACAUUGAAUAUGAUGGUGAUGGAGAUACAGAAAAUAGCCAAGAGAACCCUCCCUUGAAACAUUAUACAGUACUUCCUCCACCCCCAGGCAUCAACCUGACAGAUUUGAUUGUGGAAAAGAAGCACAAGGACAUAGAUCACUCAGACACGGCUUCCUCAAGUUCAGACUCUGAGAAAGAUUCAAUUCAAGCAAGAAAAAGGAGGAGACGGAAGAGACGCGCCCCUCAACCUGACUCUGAUGACAAGAAACAGACAGAGCAGUUGGAUCAGAAAGAGGAAAGACACGAGCCAGCUGAGGUUUUUUCCAAGAACAAAAAGAGAAAAUUGAAAAAGAAACGAAGAAAAGCUACCCUUCAGCAGAAGUCAUAUCCAUCAACAUUUGUCUAUGAACACCAGGAAUAAAGAGUACAUGUCAGUGAUGUUGAUCCAUGGAUUUUGAUGUACAAAACACCUCCCUGAAACAUUUACCACUUAGCAAUGAUGGUUAUUUGUGGGAAAAUAAGUAUUGUAGACAAUGGAGAAUGCUAAUGAAGAUAAGCCAACUUCAAACCUUGAUUCGCCUUUGUCAGAAACCACUCAUUGCUGGGGUAUAAAUGGUACCCCAUUGUCAAGUGGGAGAAAUGCAGCUGUUCAAAAGGAGGACAACAGCUUUGAUACAUCAUUUCCAGAAACAUUUCAUUCCUUCAGCAUAGGAAGUAACCUAUCAUCAAGUGGACGAAAUGCCGCUGCUUCAACCGAAAACAACAGUGGUAUGGUUCAACAAAACAGUGGGAGUUCAAACAAAGAAACCUUAGAUGUUACAUUAGGUGAAGAUCCUGAAAAUGGUGUUGGUGAUUUCAUUGGUUGGAUGCCACAAGAGAUUGUGAUUAAAAUACUUUCCUAUCUUCGUCCACAAGAGCUAAGUAUGUCAGUUGCACCUGUGAGUCGAAGAUGGCAUAACAUCUCACACGACCCAGCCCUGUGGCAGGAACUUAACAUUAAAUCAAUCAGUAGUGUCAAUCUUUGUAAGGUUGUACGACAAUGUACCAGUCUCCGCAGGUUGGUGUUGCAGGGUCGAGACAAUCUCUCUGUCGGUGAGACUAUGGUCAUCACCGAUUUCUGCACCUUGCUAAAAGAACUAGACCUGAGUUUCUCCAAGGCAGUGACUGCAGAUCACCUGAAACCUUUUGUAGAUAAAUGUUUGCUGCUGGAGUACGUGAAUGUGGAAGGAUGUGAGAAUGUGGACAGAGAUGUUGUGACUGUUUUAGCCAGAGCACCAUGUCUCUGUAGGCUCAACUUCUCCCACUGCACUAGAUUAAGGGACAGUGAUGUUCUGCACCUGGCACAAAACUUGACAAAAAUUACUGCCCUAAAUAUAGAUGGAAUAUUGUGGGUUACUGACGAAUCUGUGAUACAGUUGGUUCAGCUGCAUUUUGUCUGGUUGACAAGUUUGGUACUGGAUGGUGAGAAGCUGAGUGACUCUAGUAUAGAGUCAGUAUCAGAAUGCUCACACCUCACACAGUUGUCACUGUCCUUCAGCGAGGAACUUACAGAUACAUCCCUUGUCUUCCUGCAGGAACUCUCCAGCCUGACAGAUCUGCGUCUAAAGCAUGGUGCCGAAUUCACUUCUCAAGGGCUUGUGCAAUUUUUCCAGGGACCAAGUAUGUCAGCCUUACGGCAUCUCAACCUGUCAGAAUGCACAGAGUUGAAUGAUGAGGGAGUACUUUCUCUCGCCAAGUGCUGCGGGUCUACAUUGUGUGAACUCCAACUUUGCUGGUGCUGGAAUGUAACAGAUAGAGGACUGAUAUCCAUUAUUGAUCACUGUGGGAAGCUCCAAAGCCUUAUUCUUACUGGGGUGGUUACUCUUCGGGGUGAAUGGCUGGAUAGGAUUCAAGAUGAGUUACCCUAUUUGAAGAUGUUGGAUCUUCAGAAAUGCCAUGGGAUUGAAGACGAGAUGAUUUUAACACUUGUGAAGUGUAAGAAAGAUCUCACAGUGCUGAAUUUUUUUGGACAAAUUUGUCGCUACUUCACUCGGUGUACUGAUUUAUAGAGGAAAG